CCCCGAGCUCGCGUCUUCUAUGAUGUAUCCAAAAUUAUAGCAUGUAUUAUCCGACCGUCGCUCUUGCGGCAGACUGCGGAACAUUAUUAUUCCUGACAGAAAUUUUCGACUCUCAUGGGCUUUCGCUCUGUGGCUACGACAUAUUGCUAACGCUGUCUACUAGGCAUCAUGGCACCUGCCAAAGCGCCUGCGGGGCACUUCUCAAUCCUCUACUUUGCCGCCGCUUCGACGUUUACGGGCAAGACGAGCGAGCACUUGCCUGCGCCAGUGCAGGUCGGCAGCCUCUUCGCGGUGCUUGAAGACAGGUACAAGGGCAUCGAGGAGAAGGUGCUGAGCAGCUGUGCGCUGACAGUGAACCUGGAGUAUGUGGACAUAGCCGACGAUGCAGACAGGCAGAUCGGGGAGGGGGACGAGGUUGCCAUUAUUCCACCUACGUCGGGCCAUCCCUACUACCUUCCAUCGCCCACCGCUCAACACCAUUCCCAGGCCCAGCAGCCCCCGCAGCUCUCACAGCUAUCGCAGCCCGCCCCACUCGCAAACAUACUCGAUCCCGCCCUCGAACAGACGUCGCCCACCGGCCCCGAGGCGUCGCAUGACGAUGACGAGCACGAAGACGAAGGCGACCACGAUGGCGUCCAUGAUACUCCGGGCUCUGUCAAGUCCCCGGCCGACCUGAAGCGCCCCAGGGCAUGCGAUUCGUGUCGAGGGCUCAAGGUGCGCUGUGACCAAGAACGGCCAGACCUAUCAUGUAGACGAUGCGCCAAAGCAGGGCGGCCAUGCAUCACGACGCCCCCAACACGCAAGCGCCAGAAGAAGGCCGACAGCCGGGUGGCUGAGCUGGAGCGCAAAAUCGACGCGUUGACUGCGACUUUGCACGCGCAAAAGGCCGGAGGGCCGGACAUGAGGCAUCACGGAGGUUUCCCACACCACGAAGGCGCUACGAACAUGGCACCCAUGCCUGCAGAAGGUUCCUCUCGGCUAGGAAGUCAGCAGCAGGACUGGUCUAACUCAGCAGCAGGCAGAUACCCAAAUAUUCCUCCUGGGUACGGCCCGGCACAGAACAUACAGCGAGGCCCUGAGCCAAAGCGGAGGAAGCUGGAUAAUGUGCAUCCUACGAUCCCCGAAGAUAUGGAUGCCAUACAUCGUGACCUUGCCGAACAUCCCGAAAUGAAACGUACGAGCAAGAGCAAAAUUCACGCCGACCAUUCCCAUAUCAAUCCCCUUAUUGACAGCCUCAUGACGCCCGAAAUUGCAGAGCGUGUCUUUGUUCGCUACAUAAACGAAAUCUGUCCGCACUUUCCGGCAGUGCCUAUUGCUCCGGGUACUACAGCCCGUGAGGUCCGGGAAAAGAAGCCACUUCUGUUCCUUUCCAUCAUAGCUGGAUCUUCUCAUGGAAGCGCAGAGCAACUUGUCUCACAAGAGGUUCAGCGGGAGUUGACGGGGCUCCUCAAGGAUCAGCUUGCUGACCUGAUCUGGCGCAACGGAGAAAAGUCGCUCGAGAUUGUGCAAGCAUUGCACAUCGCCGUGCUUUGGUACCGCCCGCCUCUCCACUUUGAGCAGCACAAUUUUUACAUGAUGGUGAAUUGCGCUGCCGUCAUGGCUCUUGACCUCGGUCUAGGAAGAAAGGCGACGCCGAAUGUUAUGAAAGUUUCGGGUGGCAACUUCAAGACAUUCCACCCUGACUCGAACAGCGUUGAAGCGAGGAGGACCUUUCUUGUAUGUUACUACCUUUGCAUGAGCAUUACCAUGAUCCUACGACGACCAAUCUUGCUGCGCUGGACCAAUUUCAUGGCAGACAGCAUCCGCCUUCUUGAGACUUCUCCCGAGGCCCUUCCGUCAGACAAAUUGCUUUGCCAACAAGUCAAGCUGGCGCACAUUGGAGAAAAGAUAUCGGUCGAGUUUUGCAUGGACGACCCUUCGAUAGAGGUGACCAUUUCUGAUCCCAAAGUCAUCUACGCUCUGAAGAUUUUUGAGAACGAGCUGAACACGCUCAGAGAGGAGAACAGCGCUCUUGGCGAUGUUGAUCCUACUCUACGACUGGGCGAACACGUUACAAAUCUCUAUCUGCACGAGAUUGCCCUCCACCAGAACCAGGGCUGCGCUGAUUUACAACCACCCUACACGUCGGAUACUAUAUCUACGAACGUGGCUUUGGGGACUAAGAAGGAUUCUCCUGUUGGCCCAGCCCAUAUCGGUGCUUUGGGUGAAUGUCUCACAGCCACGCACGGCAUACUCGACACAAUAUUAAGCAUUGAGCUCGAUAUUCUUCUGACUCUGCCUGUUAUAUUCUGUGUACGAGCUAUCUAUGCAAUAGUAUGUCUGAUGAAGAUGUGGGUAUCCGUAACAAGCUCUGGUGAAGUGGGCAGCAUCAUCAAGAAGGAGGACCUGCAGAUCGAGGCGUACACGGAACAGCUAGUGUCGAUGUUCGACGCCAUUGUCUCUCGCGAUGGUCAAUCACCCCAUGGCAAAUUCUACUUCGUCGCCAAGCGCCUCCAGGAACGCUUUGCACGUAUCAAAGCAGGGGCCAAUGAACAGCAGCCAGAAGCCGAGUACGAAUCCAGGCGCAACUCAAACCCGUCCCACAAUGCCUCGACUCAUCAAUCCUCUGCAAAACAAACACCGCUUCAUCUUCUCUCCGAAGUUGCAAUGGGAAGUAGCAACAAUGGUGCCCAGCAACAACAGCAAACACCAGCGCAAUCUCAGUCCCAGCAACAGGCUCAGGCAGCUUUGCAAGCGCAUGCGCAGCAUUCGCAGCAGGCCAUGCAGUCAAACUGGUAUCCCAAUAUGCCAAGCCAGCCUACGGCAGAUAUGAUGGGCAUGGGCGCACAAGCCCCCUUUGAUAUGAAUUUUGACUUUACGCAAUUUGACCUGGGCACUGGUUCAGACGCAGAUCUAUCUGCUCUGUUCAUUCCAGAUUCAAUGGUAAUGUGGGCGUAUCCGCCGGACCAGAAUAUGCAAAGAUACACUGGGUUUUAGUCAUGAUGUUUCAUCAGGCUUGAACACAGGUCAUCUCGAUGCAUUACGUGAGUAUAAACAAAACAUUGGAGGUAUUUCUGGCUUUUGGCGCUUAGGCGGACAUGGUUGUUGACGCUUGUAUCAUUA